UACAGUAGGCCAACAGCCGCGCCGACAGAGAGCCUCUGGCCCAGGACAGAGGGCUCCGAAGAAAUUUGCCAGUCGACCGAGCAACGUGCCAGUUUUCGGCAAUGGCCGGACGUGGAGAGGACGCGGCUUGUGGUACCGGUUGACCACGAGUUAUUGGGUGGUGUUAAAAACACAAUUCAAGUCAUGACGUCCCAGCGUCACGACUUCGUAUCGAAAUGCUUGGAAACCCAAAGGCAGCGGGCCAACGGGCCCAAGGAAAGUUUAGGGAAAAACUGGGGGGGUGGUGAAUGUGCCAUGAAAACCAAAACCACAACGGCGGAAGCAUACAUUUUUAAAUGUAAGCCAGAUGGACGGCGGCCGCUGGCACGACCGUCCACCGCCUCCUGGUCACAAGGCCCGAAUUUACGAAUGGCCAACGAGACAGAGACUAAUUCACGAUACAAAAAGUGGAGUCCGUUGUUGUUAAGUCGGCCACAACCGCCGCCCGCGUACUGCCGAUCAAAUGAUCCAGUUAACGGCCGAACUGUAUACACGGCCAGUUACCGGCCACCUGGAUCAUUCCGCUACCCGUUGCCAGGCGAACAGCCACCGGUUGACGGAUAUAUGUAUAAGAAGGCUAACGAGGGUGAUAUUAAAGAACAACCGUUUUACCCUAGAGCUCAUGACUACAAUUUGUACCCUAUUAAUAAAAAAGGGAGGUUUUAAAACCUCACCCGUAACUCGCCUGUGACUUACCUAUAACUCACUCUUCUCGUCCUCUCACCCUCGCCACCCAUCGCUCAACGAUCCUCACUAUCAUCACCCGUCACUCAUCCACCGACGACGCCAUGACCACCGCUGCCGUAACUCGCACUUAAUCGUUGGAUUCACUAUAUCACUAUUAUCACUCAUCAACGAUGUCCGUUCAACUUGCACGUUACUGCAACUGGCUCACCGACCCUCACUAUCAUCACUCUUCACUCAUCCACCGACGCCAUGACCACCGCUGCCGUAACUCGCACUUAAUCGUUGGAUUCACUAUUUUUCAGAUUACUAUUAUCACUCAUCAACGAUACAUACUUGAGAACAUACAUGAGCUUGUUGAAGCAUUGAUCCGACCAGAGAAUGCUGCCUACAGUCAUACCCUUCAAACACAAUUCUUGUUGUUUUUCCGGCUGAGGGUGAGUUGCGGCCCGACUUGUCGUUUCCGGUGUUGAUGACCGAUGAAUUGCGGCCCGAGUUAUUAUCAUUACCUUAGUUAUAUAGGUAUACAUAACUAUAAAUGAAAUAUUCACUAUGUAUAUGGGAAGUUAUAUUUUUAUAUAAUAUAAAUUAGUGAUUCCCAACCUUUUUGCUACUACAAUCUACAGACCAUUUUGAGAACUUUCGAUAAGUCACGGACCACCUCAAUGAGAAUCAACUUUUUUCACACAUUUUAAAAUUUAGAUUAUAAAUAAAUAAAAACAAUGUAAUUCCUUACAACAAUCUUUAAUGUCUAUAAUUGAUAAUGUUUUACUAAAG